GUACCCCGACCUUAUCCUUCCUACUGCCUACUCCAUCAAUCUAAUCAGCUGGGUUUUGUGGAAAGCAUUCGUCAGUCAGUAAUCUUGUGUUAUUUUUCAAUUUUCCAUCAGCUAAAAUGCCGUUCAUGAAAGGACUCACUUUGCAUGACCUCAAGAAACACCCAUCGUUGAUCCCUAUUUUGGCCAUUAUUGGUCUCGCAACUGCAGGUGCGACUUUCUACACUUUUCGAUUAGCUGUUAGGAACCCAGAUGUCUCAUGGACUAAGUACCGAAAGGGUAUACCACAGGAUGAAUUCAGGAACAAGCAGUAUAAGUUCUUGGCCGUCGAACAAGACUGUGAAAAUGAGGAUGCCUCAAAAGCACCCAGAAUUGAAGACAUCUUGAAGUCAUAAGCUGUUCACUGCUCGAAGUCUUUAGAAUGUUAUCUAUCUUAAGUCUUUUUUUUUUUCCUACUUGUUGUGAUGAUAGGGAAAUUAUCCAGAAAUUUCUCACCGUACCUCUCUUGUAAAUGUUCAAAAUUCUAUGCUUCUGUUUUGCAGUAAAAUGCAAACAAAUAUAAGUAAAUUACUCAAUUUUAAGACAAAGUGAGCGAAAAAAAAAAAAAAAAAAAUUCCACCAUUGUCUCAUGUUCAAUUGAAAUUCGUGAUCUAAUUAAAUUGUAAAUUACAGUUAAAA